AUGUACGCUGAUCGGUCACUCGCGCGUCCGGACGUUCAGCGCAAUCGCCAACACGCCGCCGACGACCAGCAGAUCCGUCUCGACAACUUGAUUGCUGUUGGUUUGGUGCCCCCAGAUGAGCGACAGAACGUGAAGAGGAAGAGGAACAAGAACGUGGUGUUUCAAGAAUCCAAUACCGGGCAGCGACAGGUGUCUCAGACACGGCAGGCGGAAGAGCACCUCCCCUCCAGGAUAGGUCGCCAGCCCACGUCCGCCGCUGCCGACAGAGGUCAGCUGCCGCAACGACCCGGCCACAGCAGGUUGUCGUCGUUGGCGCAGCUUAAGGAGCACCGGAACAGCAUGUUCGCUUCCAAGCAUCGCGAAUCACGGCGCGAGAGGACGUUUAUUGGUAGCGUCUGCGCUGCUUGCGAGGAACCCCUGGAGCAUACCCUUCGAAACGAGCGGAUCCUUCAGUUGUCCUGCGGCCAUGUUGCGCAUGAGGCCUGCUUCUACGAGUAUAUCAAAGAGUUCGAAGCUCAGAGCUGCCCAACAUGCGAUGCACCGCUGGGCGUGGACACAAGCAGAGGAGGAGGCAUCGACUUUGGAGAGUUGAACAAGGUGAUUCGAUCAGCCCAGACUCCUGAUCAUGGCGAGAGGCGCAUGGAACCUUCCAAUACUCCAACACCAUGGGACGCGGAGUCCAGUCGGCAAGGAACAAUAGCGAACCAGAGUAGUCCACGCAGACCGCAGCGCCAGACUCGAGAACACUUGCUUCCUAAACACACUCGAAACAACGCCUACCGGUACAACACCGCUCACGGACGGAACGAGAGCGGUGACACUGGUAUGGUGUCGUCUGCGGACUACGCAGACACGCACAACACCUCCGGCCGACGACACGACUAUGAUGUGCAGUCAAUGGAGACUACGCUGAGCAGCCCAAAACACCAUACCAGGAAUCCAAUACCUGCACCGACAGUCACUGUCCGCAGCGAAUUCCCUACCCUGAGCAAGUCGCGACAACAACAAAGCUUGACCUGCCUGAUUACCGUGGAGGUCAUUGACGGUAAAUGGCAGCCCAAUCCGGAAGAUCUACGAAGCCCACCGCCAGUGCCUGCCACGAUACCAGAGGAGCCUUAUGAACAUCACUACGAGCAGCCCAAGCCUCAAUCCAAACCACGUUCCCGACCCGAGCCCCCACGGCAGGUGGACAGUGUUCACGACAAUCGUGAGACGCUGGAGCACGUGAAGCAGGAGUUGUACUCGCGAUGUGAGAACUGGCAUGGACUGGAUUUUGAAAGAUUCGGCAGGCUUAUACUUCAUGCUACAAUCCGUGUCGGGAAGGACAGACAGGCGUGGCAGGAGCUGGAGUGCUAUCUCUUCACGGAGAUGCUGAUUUGCGUGAAGGCGAAGAAGAUCUCGCCAACUGCUAGCCAGCAGUGGGAAGGACCAGAGGGCCCGAAGCAGAAGUCAAAAGUGACGUUGAAGGGUUCGAUCUUGAUCAAGAAGCAUUUGAAGCAUGUUGAGGUCAUCCCAGAGUCUGAAGUCCUCACCCUCAGCCUUUCCGUGGCCGAGCUACCACACUUCCAUCUGCAGUUCAUGGAGCACUCCCAGCUCGAGAUGUGGCGGAAGGCCCUGCUCAACCUGAACAACCCAGACAUGCCUGAGCCACAGGUCGCAGAUUACGACCAAGAUACCUCUGGUACCGAAGAGGACGAAUAUGCUACGAGGUCUUCCAAAGCAGAUCGGAGAGUGUCGUCGAUACACUCUUCGUCGUAUGGUGCGAAUCGCUCGCAAGUAACAGCGCCGACUGAAUACACCAACUCUCGAGCUGGAACGCAGGACAUGCGGUUUGGAAGCCCGUCGAUCCAUGUCCCGCUGGACAUUGUGGUCGUCAUACCUGUGACAUCUUCCAUGCAAGGGCUGAAGCUCAACGUCUUGCGAGACUCACUUCGCUUUAUGGUCUCCUCACUAGGCGAGCGAGAUCGCAUGGGCUUGGUCACCUUUGGCUCUGGCGGUGGCGGAGUGCCUCUUGUCGGCAUGACUACUAAGAACUGGGGCGGCUGGUCAAAGAUUCUGGAGUCGAUCAGGCCAACAGGCCAAAAGAGCAUCCGCGCAGACGUCGUCGACGGCGCAAACGUCGCUGUGGAUCUGCUCAUGCAGCGCAAGUCAACUAACCCGCUGUCCACCAUCAUCUUGAUCAGCGACUCAGCUACCUCUGACCUGGAAAGCGUGGACUUCGUGGUCUCGAGAGCCGAAGCGGCUAAGAUUUCGAUACACUCCUUCGGUCUCGGACUAACGCACAAGCCUGAUACCAUGGUCGAGCUGUCGACUCGGACAAAGGCCAGCUAUACAUUCGUCAAGGACUGGAUGAUGCUGCGCGAGUGUUUGGCUGGCUGCAUCGGCGCGAUGCAGAGCACAUCGCAUCAGAACGUUAAGCUCAAGCUCCGGCUUCCUGAAGGCUCGCCAGCGAAGUUCUUGAAGAUCAGCGGUGCCCUCCAAGUAACCAAGAGAGCGACCGGAAGGGACGCAGAGGCUUCGCUUGGUGACCUGCGCUUUGGCGAUAAGCGUGACAUACUGGUCCAACUUGCCAUCGCUCCAGACACCUCAACUCCAGACUCCCUUCCAUCCGACCCGUGGGAGAACAUCAUCUCCGGCCUCGAAGCUCUGGGAGGACCAAUCGACAACGACGACAGCAGAGCCAUGUCCGUUGAAGAACUUCCAUUGAUCCAAGCAGAUCUCAGCUGGGGUGACAUCCUUCGCGAAGGCAACCUCGCCCAACUGCCUCGCCCUUCACUCCUCGCCAUCACCAUGCUGCCUUCACCCAGCAAGAAAGCCCAAAACGCCCGCCCAGGCACCCCUCCCAUCCCACCUCACCCUCACAUCGUCCAACGACGAAUGGAACUCCUCACCUCCGACAUGCUCACGCGAGCCCUCACCCUCGUCAGCAAGGGCCAACCCGAACGCGCCCACCACCUCCUCGCCGAGACCCGCUCCAUCCUCCGCGGCCUAAACAAAGGCGGUCUUCCACCUCUCCCCCCACCACCCAACAGCGCCCUCCCUCCAACCCCCAAAAACAACGACCUCAAAAACACACCCAACGAAGCCCACGUCCCCCUCCCCGAACCCAGACGCACGCCUUCGCCCCCGCGAACAGAAGCCGUAAACCCUUUCACCCCCGCCGCAGGCAUCGACACCAUCACCAUGACAGCGCUCGACGCAGAACUCGAAGCUAGUCUGGAAUGGAUCUCGCACCCGGCCGUCUUCGCACGGGACUCGCGAAAAGCGGUGCUCCAAGCCAUCGGCGUCAUCAGCUCGCAGCGAGCGUACACGUUCCGCACGCCGGCUGAAUCGCUCUGGGCGGCGCGGGUACCGGGGAUCAAACGCCUAUCUGAAAGGAAUUCCGACUGGCGGGAGGCGGGGGAUGAGAGUUUGAGAGAGGAGUGA